CAUCGAUUUGCAUUUCACUUAUGUACAGCUGUAUUAACAUUCUCGUCUGUAUUGCACCUUGAACAGUUUAGACGCAACUUUAGGAAGACAUUUCUAUCUUCAUCUUUGAUCAAAUAUGAAAGGACGAGUCAUAAUAUUUUCCAUCACUGGUUGCCCCUUUUGCAUGCGAGCCAAGGACAAGAUGCAAAAACUUGGCAUAGAAUACAUCGAUAUCAACUUGGACAAUUAUCCCGAGCGAAGGGCCGAAGCGAAGGAAAAAUCAGGAAGAAAUACCGUACCACAAAUAUUCUUUAAUAACCGACAUAUUGGUGGCUUCGACGACUUCGAUAAAUUGGUAAGAUAAUAUAUUACAGCUACUCUGACGUUAUUAGACUGUCGAUAGGAUGUUUCGACUUUCGUACAGUGCAAGUUGUUUGCAGCUAAGUUAAACUUAUUUAUUUAAGGUUGUUCAAGCAUCACAGUUUAAACCAAAAUGGAAAAGCUGUCGUUUGAUUAUGAAGCUGGAGUUUAUUUCAAAAAAUGGCGUGUACAUGUAACUCUUCCAAGUUCACUUGUAUACACUUUUUCUCUAUAAAGGGAAAAGGAUAUUUACAGGGUGUUUGCUAUGACAUCAAUAAAUACAUAAGAGGUAUAAGCUUAAGCUCAUUUAGCACAACUCGAAGUGGCUUAAUUCGCGCCAAGUUAUUUUUAGGGGCGAAGGGUCAAUAGUUACAGUUGUUAUUGAAGUGUAGCAUUUAUUGAGUAGCAACUAGACAUCCCAUCAGAUCUGAUGAGAUGUGGUUUCAGUUUAAGCUUACUAAAAUGCAUAUUUCAAGGAUUAAAGAAUAGAAGAUAAUAUGCAAAUGAAUUAAGACUGGUUGUUAUGUAUGUCAUGGUGACAGUGCAUUAAUUCAUCUGACAACUCGAGAGUAACAAUAAUCUAGACUCUUUCUUUAAUAAUGACAGAGCUAUAUUUAUAUAAGAUGUAAUACUUUUGAUACUUUUUACAUAUUUGUAUUGAUUAUGCAUUAAUACACAUGCCUGCCACACUUCCAAAUAGUUAUUGCAAAGGGCAGCUGUUAUGCUGUUUAAAUAAUUUUGCAAACAUGAUUCCAAAUUGUUUUAGGAUAAUUUUGAGCUGUAAGAUUGUCUUAUUCAUUCCUGUACAAUCAUGUGGAAUGAAACACACAAAGAGAUGCUGAAAUUACAGCGGUGAUUAUAUCGGUGUGAACACCUAAAAUAUGUCCGGAAUGUUUAUUGUGUCGCAACCAAUCACAGGUGAGAUCUUCACACCACAGAAACCACAGGCAACGACAGUUUCCGAUCGGUCAUGGAACAAAUUAUUUUGGUUUUGUUUAAGGAUACAAACUGCCUUAUUAGGAGUGUAAGACACCGCUGUUCCCCAAAAUCAGUGCUGAGGACCGCAUCCAGUACAUCGUUCGAAUUUAGAAAGAAAAGUUUUAGAAGCCAACGCGACACGACGACCGCCAGCUUUCCAUGUAACGACAUAUCACAUGAAGACAAUAAAAAAUGAACAAUCGUGAUUUUUUCAUUUCUGAUAGCAUAAUCCUUGCUAAUAUUUUUUUGUAGAACAAGGGGAUUCGAUUUGUGUGGACUAACGAUUGAACCUUCGAACUACUGUGCUGUCAGAAGUCCCUUGAUCGCAAGGUCGCAACCUGGAAAGACCGCCGACCAAAUUCAAUAUGUAUGGAAUGAUUGGCACAUUGCGCAAAGUAAACAGUCCAAUUUUCGGUAUUCCUUCCAAAGUAUAAUUUUGCUUUUUCUCUGAAAACAUUUACGCAUUUAAUAUCUGGGGAAUUAGAUGCUAUAGGAAGCCAGUUAUGAGGCGGGAUUUAGCCAAGAAGACUUCAAGUCUAAAUAAGCACAUUUUGCGCGCAAAAGAAAAAAAAAUAUGAUUAUCUCCGAUCGCAGUUCUUCGAUCUGCUUCGAUUUUUCCCAAAAAAGUGUUUACGCUUACUGCAUUAGCUGGGAAGCGAUGGAAAUCAGAAAACUCUAGCGGCUUACCUUGCAACAUUGUGACUUGCGAUCAGCCGUAAUUACUGAUUUCGAUCGUUACAAAAAGUUUGAAAACUCGCGCGCCAAACCGUCGCGUGCGUAGGCCCGGCACAUCGGCUUUGUAAUUUAUUUCAAAAUCGCUCAAACCUGUAUUCUUCGCUAUUAUAACAAAUACUGUAAACAAAUAGGAAGGAAAAGCAAUUGUAUACUUGUAAAAAGACUGAAUGUUAAAACAAAAUGAAAAUAACUUGUUUCGUGACAGAUAGGAAACCGUUCGUUGCUUGUGGUUUCUGUGGUGUGAUGAUCUCGUCUGUGAUUGGUUACAUCACAAUAAACAUUCCAGACAUAUUUUAGGUGUUCACGCCAAUAUGAUCACUGCUGUAAAUGGUACAUAGUUACUGAGACCUUUGUUUUUAAACCUAAGACUCUGCAGACAUUCUGAACUUUAAAGGCCGAUUUAGACGGAAUGAUUCUUACUUAUGACUAUCUUGCGCUCUAGCAUGUGUCAUGACUUCACCACAGAUCAUGUCGAAAAAUUGUUCACGUGUGGAAUGCUCGAAAGUCAUGACAUAUGCUAGUCAUGCACAAUAGUGGUAAGCAAAAAUCGUACCAUCUAAAUCGGCCUUAAGAUGGAAAGAAACAUGCAAGAAUGAGACUGGAAGACUAAUGAACACUUGAUCAAAAUUCUCCGAGAAGCCCAAUUUUCAAGGUACCAUCACCUGUACAAGACAUACAUGUCAUCAGUCCACAUUCAAGACAUGUUCAUGAUCUUAGAUCUUGGGAUGUUUUGGGUUUUAACACUUAUAAUUUUGCUUUUGCACGACAGUUUUCUAUAACAUUUGUCCACAAAAUAUAUUAUAUAUAAUAUAUUCAGAAAACUAGCUGUGGACAAUCCUGUAUUGGAUGGUACAGUACUUAGCGACAGGAUUCUGAUUGGCUUUGAUUCCCUGGCAAAUUCUUCAUAACCAGCCUGUGCUGAAUGAAUGAAAUGAAGUCUAAAAUUGCUAAUACAAUAUAUAUCAUUUAACUAGUAUAUAACUGCAAGUAGCCUUGAAUAGGAAAUCAUUGCUGUUGAUGCUAAGAGCGAUUUUUGCAUGACCUAGCUUGAAAUGAAAACGCAUGAACAAAAGAGAAACAACAGACGAACAGAAAUAGAGCGAUUUGAUUGUUUUAUUGAACAGAUACAAACGCAUGUGGCUUUUGGUUGGUUUAGCAAACGCCUGGUUGGAAAAUUUCAUGCCCAAUAACUUUCUGGAAAUCAACCGAUACUUCGCUUUGACGUCAUAUUGCAACACCAUUGACCAAUCAAACAACACCUUCUCCAUAUUGGUGUUUUCUUUGGUGGGAAAAUGAACAGGCCAUGUUUUGAUCUUUUUAUCCAUUGGCUGAUAAAACAAAUAAUGAACACUUACUGAAACCAUUUUUCAAGGUCAUAUGAAAAUCGCUCUAAUAUCUUCUUUUCAGACUGAGUCUGAACUUCAAGAGUUAAUCAGAGAAGUAGAAGAGAACCCAGCCCCUCCAGAUGCUCCACAGCCACCCACUCCUAAGACUGGAGACACGGAGGGUGGUAAGGAAAUAACUGGCUUUACAUUUGUAUGCUAAGCAACCUACAAUCGGCGACAAAAUUACCAUAUUUCCUCAGAUAAUAGCCGGGAGCAAUUAUUUGAGGGAAGGCGAUUAUUUCAAAUAUUGCUCACUGGAAGCCGUGCAGUAAAUAUUUGUUCUAUUAUUCCAUUAAAUCAAAAAAUUAUCGCAUCUAAUAAACUGAACAUCCAUGGGCUUUUUAAGUGUUCCUAAUUUGGUUCCUUGAUUAAUUUUCAGAGCUUGAGUGGUCACUGAUCAGUUUUGUUGGAUCAGAUUCCACUUCAACUUGACAGGGAGAGGAUAAAAGAAAGAGAAGAUGGCGAGGGGUGUGGGGGGGGGGGCAAUUAUUUGAGGGAGGCGAUUAUUUUAAAUAUUUCUAUCAAAGGGGGGCGAUUCUUGGGAGGCGAUUAAUUGGGAGAGAGUCAUUAUUCGAGGAAACAUGGUAGUUGAGACAAUUUGCCCUAAAGGGCUUUUUUCUGACAUUUUGCCCACUUCAAAAGGGAUAAUGAGGCUUUUCCUUCCCCUCCCCACUCCAUGCAAUGUUGUGCUGCUUUUUAAACUCACUCGUAGGAAUCAACAAACACGUUGAAUGGAGGAGAGGGGCAGGUUUGUUUUGUUCUCCAAAUUAUUUGCAUACCCCAUUUGAGGACAGCAUCUCAACAAUUUAGUCACCAAUUGUGGCGGAAAGGCUGGUGGUGACUUUGUUUUGAAUGAAACUUAGUGCCAUUUAUGUGCAUUAGGGCUCAAAACAAUUUUUUUGGAUAACCACAUUUAACUCUUCGGGUUAGUGGCCAUAAAUUUUACUAACCAAAUUAUAAAGUUUAUCAUCCAAGAAUCUGUUUUUGAAAUAAAAAUAUUUUAACUAUUGAAAAUAGUGCUAAUAAAUGGGGCAAACUGACGUAUGGAUGGAUUGGUUCAAAUUGUAUGAUGAUCUGUAAAAAGAAGUACAGAUGAUUUAAUGCUCAUUUACAUUUUCCUUUCAAUUGCAUUACUCGAGGGUGGGAAAUUCAUCAUAAGCACUGCAAAAUGUUGUUUGUUUAGACUUACGGAACUUCAGCCAGUUGAAUGCCUUUUUUCAAUUAAUUCUUGGCAGAAAAUUCUUUUUUUCUUCCUCAUACCCCCUGCAGGAGCCUUGUGUAGUGUUUGAAACUGACUUCUCUGUUAUUUUUCUCGAUCUUCCAUGUCCUCACACAAAUUUUGGGUGCCAACCUUUUCACUGAAAAAAACUAUCCAAUGAUCUCUGCAUCUGAUCAGAAUAAUAAAUAGGGUGCAUAAAUGGGCCACUUGCAAAAGAAAACAAAACAAACACAGAAACAAGCAAGAUGGAUCUCCCCAUCCAACAAAAGCCUGGUUACCAUGAGUUCUGUGAAAUGCGCAUUUUUUGAGUUGUUCGAUUAUGCUGUAACCGUAUCUUUUAGAAGAAUAAAUUGUUUGAGAUAGAACACAAUCUUAUGCAAAAAUUAAGGAAUACAUGUACGAAGAUUUUUCUAUGACAGACAUUUUUAAUAACCAUUUUGGGUUACUAAGGUUCAUUUUUAGAAACAAAACAUUGGAAACUACUAACCAUUGGUUAAUGGGCUACCAUUAAUUCCGAGCCUUGCGCAUGAAUUUUUGUUUGUAAGAAAGUGAGUUUUCUAUGAAAACAAGGUCAUCUUCAGCCUUGCCUCCAUCCCAGGCCAGGACCCUGCCAGUAUACAACUGUUAAUGGUCUUUUCAAGUCAAAGCAGGGACUAUAUAAGUGACAGAUUGAUCAUUGAUGCAUAUAUUGCUAAACCACUCAUAAAUGUGUGGCUUUUUUGCUAGAUUAAGCCUGGAUGUGUCCUUGCACUGUAUCCUGCACUGUGUCCUACACAUGUAUACUGUACUAAAAUAUAACAAUAUUUUGGGUUACAAGGAUCACUGUUUUUGUAUGUAAAAAGUAUAACUGAUUAAAUUAAACUUUUAUUUCAGGUAAGGAGGUUGAAGAGAUAGACUUUACUUGUGAGUUGGAUGAAUAUGCCCAGUUUGUCAAAGACUUCAAAGCAAGCGGACUGAUAAAAGAUCACCGUAAAGGACUGAUACGUAAUUAUAAGAACUCCUUUGUUGGCAAGGAGGCAGUGGAUUGGCUUAUAUUGACAAAGAAAGUAGGCAAGUCUAUGUUACACUGUGUCUUGCAUUUGCCAUUAUGUUGAUCUUUUCCAAGAGUGUCUGAAACAGAUAUUGUGGGAAAAUUUGACUCGAAGUUUAUUCUUUUUUCAGAUAGAGAAAAAGCCGUAGAAAUGUGUCGUCAACUUGUUGAGCGCAACUUUGGACAUAGCUUGGAAAAAGGAAAGCAGACUGAGUUUAGGGAUGAUGACAGCAUUUAUCGUCUUCUUGAGGAUGACGAAUCCACUGCUCUUAAUUCUGGGAUGAGCUCUGACUGCGAACCCCGACCCGCUCCUCAAGUGGCUGAGGAGUUGCGACGUUUAAUUUUAGGCCUGUACAAUCAGUUCUUGUCGAAAGAUGGAAAGGUGAAAGUUAUGUUUUAUGAUUAUACCACGGCGGCGGCCCUUAUUCGGGGGCAGUGCUUAUUGACUUUUUCUCCUAAAUGCAGCGCUGAGUCGAGGGCGGGGCUUAUUCAAGUUGCAACUAUUGUUAUGCUUAUUGCAACAUUUUUUUUUUGUUGAUCAAUACAGGGUGUAGACUAUAAUGGCAUGGCGCAUAGUAACGAAUUUGGGGCAUACAUAAAGCACACAGCCGAACUGCAACGUGUGAAACUAGAGGGAAUGACAAGAGAGGAGACACUUGCUUUUUUCAUUAACAUCUACAAUGCUCUGGUUAUCCAUGCUAAUGUCGUAAGAGGACCCCCUGUUAAUUUGUGGCAGCGAUAUAAGGUCAGGAUACAAAUAAUUAUUAGCAAUACUGGACAAGGUUGAGUGUGAUCUGAAAAAUUAUGCAGAUCAAGGAGGGUGUUCGGCCUCGGGGGAUAACACCCUCCGAAAUCUCUGUAAUUCUUCACAUCAUACGAAAGCCGAAAGCAAUAAUUGUUUUAUUAUUUAUUCAAAGUAUUUCGUAGUUUAAAACAAGCGGAAACAUGCUCUCUUCAAUCGACGUUAAGUUCCCGUCGCCUAUGCGCCUACGGAGUCGCAGUACAUGAUAGAGAGGGACGUUUAGUUCUGCGAAUAUUCUCCCAAUAGCAGAUGUCAUCCGUCGAGUCGUAUUUUUGCCUGUUCUUGCUAAUACGUUUUUAGGCAGUAGUUUCGCCUAACGUGUGAAAUGUUCCUCCAUUUUGUCUUUCUCUACCAAAACAACGUAACUUCGUCCAGAGGGCUUCUCGGUGUCCGUCCAUUUUCCUGGCGACAAUUCUGUAAUAAUUAUAUUGGCGUCAUUUUACGGAUAUUGCAAAGUGAGACUUCUUUCAAAUUUGGUCAACGCUUGCUGGUUGUGAAAAAUCAGCUGUAGGAUUUGAGCCAAUCAGAAACGAAGAAAUAAUUUUAAUUAAUAGUGUUGCUAAUGACUGCCACAGGUUGUUAGUACAAACUGUAAGCAAUAAAAUAAGAAGACAAAGAAUACCGGCGGACUUUUUUAAAAAGAUUUUAAUUCGACUAAAAUUCUUUUCACGCUCCGCACACUUUAGGCGCAGUUCUAACGUCGCAUUUCACCUCUACCGAAUUUAAUGCUAACGAAGAAAAUCUACUGUUGUCGCUCAUUUGCAUUAGAUUCGGCACACGUACCGCGUGAAAUGCAACGUUUGAAGCUGGUCUUAUGCGACCCGACUGAGACGGCAGGGAUAGCACCAUGACUUAAAAGAUGAAUUGAUGUUGUUUCAUACUUCAUCGUGAUUACUCAUGUUUGUUCAAUUUGUCAAUUGUUGGCGAAAUAUUUUCUGCAGUUGAAUUCUUUAGGACACGAUUUCGACAUUAUCAAUGUUCAGAGAAAAAUAAAAGAAAAAAGAAACCAUUGUCCCAAGUUAACGCUCUCAAUAAAAGUGAAAUCAGGCAAUUUAAGGUCAAUAAACAUUUAUUUCGUGCACCGGACACAAAUGACGUAAAACAGUAGAGCAAGAACCAUGAAACAAUACCAAGAAGAUUUUUCCCUGAACAGAAAACAAAGAAGUCUUUUGUUUUACGGCAUCUGUGUCCAGUACACGAAGUUUUUACCGAAGAAACUGCCUCCUCCUCGGCCUCAGGCGCAUCGUUUUCGUACUUUGUUCGCCAACGAUCGACGAAGGCGAGCGCAAAUGCCUGGUGACGAAGCGCAAGGGACCACGGUAAGGAAAAAGAAGACUUGCCCGUUUUCUCCUUCUCACUUUCCUUUGCGCACAACUUUACAUCGAGAAAGAGACGUCUGGGAAAGAGACGGGCAAAGAAAUUUACCAAAAGUGUGAUACAAAUGCAACGUUCUUGUUCCGCUUAUUAAACCUAAUACUUUAGUGACGUUCCCGUUGACAUCGCCGUUGCUUCACUGUCGCUUUGACUAUACACGUAUUCAUGAGUUGGUUUCUCAAAGCCCUUUGAUUACGCAUAUACUUUAACACUUACUUUGUUCUUUCAAUGGCCAUUUAAACCGCUAUUUACGUUAAAUACUUUUGCAGUUUUUCAAUACCAUAUCCUACGUUAUUGGUGGUCACUCGUUUGCCCUCAACGAAAUUGAAAAUGGAGUUCUUCGUUCUAACCGUAAGGCCAUUGGUGCUGUGACUAAACCUUUUUCAAAGAACGACCCCAGAUUAAAGAUAGCCUUACCGGAAGCCGAGCCGAAGAUCCAUUUUGCCCUUGUUUGCGGUGCCAAGAGCUGUCCCCCGAUCAAGACCUACACCUCUGCGGUAAGUCUUCACCUGCUUAGAGACUUUGUCGCCCACAUGUGCUGUUGCUUGCAAAGGUAAACAGGGGCUGUAUAGGUCGUGCACUUCUAUUUUCAAAGGGCUAGACAAUCUGUAAAGAAAAAAGUGUCACGCUUCACUUACGGUGAACAGGCUACAGUGACCAUAACUUAGGAACCAGGUGUUCUUGGAACAGGCAACCCAUCCUAAAGUAUUUCGAAUGAUUAUAUAAGGCGAUGUUUGCUAGUUUACUGUUAUGGGACAAUGUGUGAAUGGCUGAAAAUAUAUUACUUAUCGGUUUGUUAAUCAUUCGGAAGGAUAAUGCGCACGUCUUUUUCCCGCUUGCUGGCGUUGCUUCCAUAUAUUUGCCCGGUUCUGAUUGGAUCAUUGAUUUCCCUGGGCCCAAACUCAACAUAAAACUGUUAUACAGUCCUAGUACUAGACAAGUAAAUGGAUACUUUUCCUUUUUCUGAUGUGCAUAGGGGAUUGACGAGGAGCUGUCCCUCGCAGCUGAGGCAUUUUUGGAAGGAGAGGAUGGUUGUGUCCUUAACAUGCCGAAAAGAGAGGUAUCAUAUUGUCACCUUUAUUUUCCUGUUUUGCUUAAAUACUAUAAACUUGAUGAAGGAGUUAUUAGGAUUUUUAAAAAUGCCAGAGCCAUCGACAUCAUCUGUAAAGAAGUGCAAAGUGAUUUUAACGAAAGCAGUCGAUUUGUCACGAAAUUGCAAAAUCGCGCGGAAAAUAGAAGAGUAACAAACUUUAAUAAUUUGACUAAUUUUAUUUCCCGUCUAUACGUAUCUAGAUAUUUUUGGAGACGGGUAUUUUUUUCAGCGUUCUAACUUUCCGUCCAGACUUAAACGGCGUUUUUGGGAGCCAAAAACGCAGGUUUUCAAAAGCCUUCCCUAAAGUGGACGUUUGUGAAUACGAUGAUCUCGUGGUAUGCGGUACCUCGCCACCAAAUUGAAUGAAAUCGCCAGCAAGAAAUAUAUAUCUUAAUACAUGUACUUAUCGAAAAGAGGAGUCUCUAAAAAGAAUUCUUUCACUUUAAAUUUACAAUGAAAUUUAAGAAGGUAAGUUCAAGUGACAAUGUCAACCAACUUUCAUAAGAAAGGCUGUAAUGGAUUUUAAACAAAUGACACCUCUCGAGCGAUGCAAAUAAGUUCGAAGUUCGACGCAAGCUGUCAAUUAAAAUCGAUAAACUUAUAUUUGGACUUGAGGAAGAAGUAACAAUCCCAGGUAAUUGAAGAAUUGCAGAGUUAUUAUAUGGUGUUUCGUAAGAAAGGCUGUUGGAUUUUAAACAAAUGACACCUCUCGAGUGAUGCAAAUAAGUUUUGAAGUUCGACGCAAGCUGUCAAUUAAAAUCAAUAAACUUAUGUUUGGGCUUGAGGAAGAAGUAAAAAUCCCAGGUAAGUAAUUAAACAGUGUAAAUAAUUGCAGAGUGAUUAUGUGGUGGCGAGUAGACUUCUUGGUAGCGAUUUCGUUGGUGGCGAGAUGACCGUAAACCGAUGUUAUACAUAUACUACUAGCAUUAAGCAUGCUCUGAAAGGGACGCAAUAUUUCCAUCGUUAAGGGUUUUCAUGUGGACGGGGGGAAACGAUUCAAUUACGCUAUGUGUGGACGUGUAUUUUUUAAAAAACGGAGAAAAAAAAUACUGUAUCUGUUUUCAAAAAUAUUCGAAUACAUUAGGACAGGACGUUAUAGUCUUCACUGAACUUGGAUUAUAGAAUAUAGGAGAACACACGUGUGUUUGGUGAGGAUGUCCGACGAAGUAUUCUUAACUUGGGCAAUUGUUGCCAUGUGGAGCGAAUUAUGGAAUCGACGAAAGAAUGAACAUAUGUUUAUGGCCAGAAAGAACAAGGUUUUAUCUGUACAUGCGAGUGUAUUAAAUUAUUCAAAUGUCGUCUUAUCCUAUAGAUUCGCCUAAGCAAGAUCUUUCAGUGGUACAAGAUUGAUUUUGGGUCAAACAACGAAGAGGUAUCAACUUUUUGCCGCUUCACACAACGGCGGCACAUUUUUCUUUUAAUUCCAUCUCGAAGCUGCUUUCAAACUUGCUUGAUCAUAGUCUAAUUUACGGCGAAUUAAGUCUGAACGAGUCAGUGCGUCAUGGGUCAAGUAAAAAAGAAUCCCCUAACUAAAAUAAAUACUAACCAUUUUGAAUCAGUUAUCACUAUACUUAACCCUUAUCACUGUUUUCAGUGUUCAGAUCUGCAUGACUUCACUUAUAACUUGACUCAUAACUCAUCCACCCAUUUGACUCAUAAAACAGCCUUUCUCUCAAUUUACGUGUUACUGAAGAUGUAAGUUUCAAAUCUUAGGCUAGCUGACGCAAAUAGUCAACACAUUGUAAAAGACUCGAAGUGAGAUUUGUAAAGAGUGAAAAGGGAAGAUGGCGUCUCGUCCGAUUCAUCGCUAGAAUUUAGUAAUUUAAGGUUGAGUUGAUACGGUCGGAAUCAUCCACCUGAUGAUUAGAGCGCUUAGCCUCCGAUUGAUAACUGUCCUUUACAUGGUCCGCUGAAAACUGUAUCGAAACACCAGAAGUGUGUUGAAGCCUAUUUCCCUUUCAUCGACGCCACCAUUGGCAACCAAACCUUUAGUCAUUAUAGAUGUAAGAUAUUCCCUGGAUUAAGUUGUGCAAUAAAGCAAAUAAUACGUUUUUGAAUAGUUUUAGAAAGAACGACGUUACAGCCCAAGUUGAAUUGACGUUAGAAGUUAUAGAAAGGGCUAAGGUCACCUGUUGUAAGCGGGUCGGUGUGGUGGUGUAGUGCUAAGGGAGAGUGUUUGGGAGACGAAAGGUCCGGGUUCGACCCUUGGUUGCGAUCUUCUUUCUUUUUUAUAGAAACACUCUCUACAUCAGGUCAAAAGUUUUCAAAGUGUCUUAAAAAUGGCAGCCACCGUUUACGAAAGGGAAAUUUGAGCCGCCGGUGAUGUGGUGUACAUUAUUGUUAUGUCUUCAUCUAACCGUAUCUUACUAUUGAUGUAACUAUCUUUUUCUUCCAGCUCGUUCGGUUCGUCCUGGCUCACAUGGGAAAGGGACAGAAAAAAGAUCAACUGGAGGAACUUUUAAUCAGCGGCAACUUUAAAGUCAGCUUUAUGAAAUAUAACUGGGAUUUGAACUCCAAGCACUGAGACUUAAAGGUGUGCUUGGGUAUCUUAUGCUUUCACUUUUGUGUUUUCGUGUUUUGUUCCUUUGUACCAGUUAAAUUUACUUAGGGUGCUUACCAUUAAUUAGAACUGGUUACAUGGAGGUUCGAUAAAUUAAGUUUCUACUGUAACAAACUGCAGUCGAAGCUCUCCUUGCGACCCACUCUCGUAAGCAACCAGCCCCAGUUACUACCACUUUUGUGUAACCCCGUGUGAAGACUGCGACUUGAACUUUGUAAUGAAAAGCAGCUGUCGUAAAGCGACCGCCGCCGUAAGCGACCGCGUCCACUUUUGGGAUUACCCAAAUGGAGUUUUUUCUUUUGCUUUUAAGCUCUCGUAAACGGCCACUCAGAGUCUUAUUCAUAUAAAUCAACAGUUAAAUGAAACUGCUCACUGCACUUAUGGUUCGUUGAUAAAGACCUUUUACGGUGGUGUAUAGUCAUUUCCGUAGCGACCACUUAGCCUGUGUGGCAACGACCACUCACAGAAUUAUUUAGGAGCGUCUGAAACUCUCUCGUAAACUACCAACUUCUUUUUUUUUUUACCAUGCUAUCGCUUACAAGAGCUCAUUCUCUGACGCGACUAGCUCUUUGUUACGCCACUUUUUCGAAUUUCCGUACGAGAGCUUCUACUGUAGUUGAAGUACAGGAUAACAGUGGAAUGAGCUCUCAAUUUAAAUUCCAAUUCAGAUUUAUUUAUUUGUUCAAUUAUCUAACGAGCAUUACCAGCCGUUUGUACUUCGCCUUUGUACGUUUAAGCCCAACUCAAAUUUUAACGUCUCUUUGGAUCGAGUUGGGCCUGUUCAAGAGAAAAGCUUGAGACUGUAACUUUCCGAGGUCCCCUGGUCAUAGAUGAAGCGCCUGCUGACGGGGAUCCCCGAAGGAAGAGGGCUGUACACACUGAAAAAUAAAGAUGAAAACAAAACCAAACGAAUAAAAGCAGCACGGGUGUAUGGCCUGGUGUCGGGUCGUCUCGCCCGGUGGCAGUACGCCCAGAAGAACUCGAUUCGCUCGAUGUGUAAAUUUCGUUUUUUAAUCCGGAGAAAAAGGAAUAAGCAUGGAAAGACGGUGACUGUACUUGUGGAAUCCAAGGUUAACUAAAGUAACAUCUCGGAGAAGUUCGUUCACUAUGUUGUAGAGUAUUGUAUGUCAUCGGGCGAAUCGACUUAAGUCCUAGCGAACGCCUUUGGGCGAAACUACCGCAAUUCUAUGGCCCACCUAGCCUUUCUUCUUAUUGCACGUGAACUUUUAGCCGACUUGGCUUAUUCCAAAUUUUUGGCUCCCCGUCUUGUGCCAGAUUAGCACUGUCCAGUACCGAACCACUUCCACUUACAU